AUGGCCCGUGGAGUUCAAGCCUGCGCGACCUCCAAACGUUCUGCUCGCAGAUCGCAAGAGCGAGCGAGCGCCAUGGCGGAAACCGACUUCUCCUCUCUCUCCGCGGGGAUAAACUGGGAGGAUCAAGGAGAAGAAGGAGAGCUUCUCUUUGAGCAUGCUCUGAAUCCGAUGACCAGUCUCGAUCUCAGAGACACUGGAGACCAUGGAGUUAAGGCAGCCGAUGCUCAGGAUUACGAAGACAUUAGCGACGACGACCUUCCAGAGGAGGAGCAGGCCAGCGGAAAUGUUAUUGAUGACGCGCCAGGUCUCACGGAAGUUCUCAUAGAUGACGCGCCCGGAAAUGAUGAUUUAUUUGGCGACGAUGAUGACGAUCUAUUCGGCGAUGGCGGACGCGCUUCCUCACCCUUCGCGCCCCAAGAGCAAGAAGACCAACCACAAACUCCCCUCACUAGCGGUUUGAGCUUUCCGACCCUCGAGAGUCAAGUUGAAGUUCAAUCUCAACCUGAACCUCAGGAACCUGCAGAGCCCGAAGAGUCCGCAGAAUAUCUCUACAAGCUCAAUUUCAACACUGACGAUGAUCACGACGUCUGGACCGAAGAACAAAAGGAAAAGUGGACUGCCGAGAACUAUCCUGACUUUCAAAAGGGCGAAAUCAUCAACUUCACCUCUUUCUUCCCUCCCAAGGAGGCCUACUUCAUCCCCCAAAUUCCGGAUAAGCUCCCAAAGCCCCUCCAUCCCACUAAGGUCAGCUUGAACAUCGCCCCCGAUACUGAGAAGCUUUUCCGAACCCCUGGGCCCGCACAAAGCGACAAGUACACUCGGAUGGCUGAGGAUGAAGCCAAGGGACUAGUGUCAAUCAUUGAAGAUUCAGAGGAAGAGGAGGGCAGCGAUGACGAGUUUGACUUCUCGCCAAUUUCUCCGACGAGUACGGUUGGUGGGUUCACCAUGAUGGAUCUCCAGGUCAUCUGCGCAGACUUCGAAUCGCAUCUCGAUGCUGAGCCCCUGAGACCAGUUGAAGAGCAAUACGAGGAGCCUCAAGAUGAGUGGGAGCGACAGAUCUUCGGUCCUCAGAAGCGCAAGUAUGUCGAGCCGGAGUUCGUCUACAAGCCUGAAUUGGCUAUUCCAAACUUCGACAACUUCGAGAAGAUGACUGCGCAGCUUGGAAAGCGCGUCAUUCUUGACCCCGAUGACCCAAACCUUCUUCUCGAGUUCAUAGAGGACGUUCCUACAGUGAAGCGCCGCCGCCUUGACUCGGGCAAGCCCGCCAAAGGUGGUCAUGACGUUGCAUCGGCUCUUCGUGCGCGAUUCAACUACUCCAACGACGAGGCUUAUGCCAUGUUGAAGGAGAACCAUGGCAAGGUCAGAGCUACCGUUGGUAGCCUCGCAAUUGAGCACUCAGCCCCGGCACAGAAGCUGCAGUGGCCCUAUUACCGCACCAAGCUGGAUGCUCGCGAGGCUCGUCAAUAUCAUCGUCCAUCACUCAAGUUUGGCAAAGUACUCAACCAACCUAUUUACUUCUCCAAGCCUAGCACUUCGCGCAAGAAGAAGGACAUGCGUGACGUCCCUAUUCAAGAGGCAUUCAAGACUACAAAGGACCUCUCUCUUUCCGAAUACUACUCAUCUGCCACCCUCAUCGAAUACUCCGAGGAGCACCCUACCGUUCUCUCGAACUUUGGUAUGGGGAAUCGUAUCGUCAACUACUACCGACGCAAGAAUGCCGAAGACAAGGAGGGACCUGCAAAGCCCGAUGAUCAUGUUGGUGAUUCUACAAUUCUUCUCCCUGAAGAUAGAUCGCCCUUCGCAAACUUUGGUACUGUCGAGCCCGGUGAGACCGUACGUGCUAUUCACAACGGCAUGUACCGUGCUCCCAUCUUUAAACAUGAGCCAAAGAGCGAAGAUUUCCUGGUUGUUCGAAGCAGCACUGGUGUUGACGGUCCGUCGUGGCACAUUCGAAACAUCGAUAACCUCUUCGUGGCAGGCCAGCAGCUCCCUUCUAUGGAGAUUCCAGGUCCUCAUGCGAGACGUGUCACCAACGCAUCGAAGAAUAGAAUGAAGAUGAUUGCGUUCAGAAUGAUGCGCCGUCAUCCAAAGGGAGAGAUGCAACUCAGCGCCCUCACUGCACACUGCCCUGAGAACACCGAGAUUCAGAACAAGCAGAAGGCAAAGGAGUUCAUGAGACACGAUAGAGACGCAAAGGCUUGGAAGCUCAAGGACAGCGAAGGCCCUAUUCCUGACGCCGCCGGCAUCCGAGCAAUGGUGAAGCCCGAGGACGUUUGUGCAAUUGACGCCAUGGAAGUCGGACUGCGCCACUUGAAAGAUUCCGGAUUCGCUGCUAGCGAGGAGGUUGACAUGGAUCGUGAGCCAGGCACCGAAACCCUCGAGCAAAAGUUGGCUCCCUGGAACACUACCAAGGCUUUUAUGGACGCUGCAAGUGGCAAGGCCAUGCUGGAGCUUCAUGGCCAUGGCGACCCAACUGGCUGCGGCCUCGGUAUCAGCAUGAUCAAGGUUUCCAUGAAGGGCGGAUAUCUUGAAGGUCUCCAGCAAGGUGAGCUGUCCACUGCUGCUGCUAGGGUUGCACUUGAUCGAAAGGCAAACAAUGGUCACCACUACAACGUCAAGGCCCAAAACACUCUCUACAGCGAUGGCAUCCAGCGUGUUUGGAAUGCUCAGAAGUCCGAUCUGUCCAAUCAGACCCAACUUGAUGAGAUGGACAUUGACUGCCCCGAGAAUCCUUCCUUCGCUGUCGCUAGGGCAGCCGCCGCUAGUCCUCCUCCAUCUCCUGGAAACACUAGCGUCUUCAGCGAACCCACUGGCCACAGAACCUUGACAAUUGAGCGCACUGUCUUGAACAUGUACGGCCAAGAGGAAGUUGUCACUGAGGUCAUCACCGAUCAGAAGGUCAUUAGCGGUUACAAGAGACGUCGGUUUGAAGAGGAUAUCAAACACAUAAACGUGUAUGAUCUGAAGCCUACUGGAGAUCCCGAGACCGACCGGAUCAUGCGCAGACACAUUAGAGAAGAGGUAGACCGCCUCGAGAAGAAUAAGACCCGUCGCAUUGGCCGUGAGAACACUAAGAAGUCUGAAAAGGGCGUCAAAGGUGGCAACAACAAGGGCUCAAGCACCAAGACCAAAGGUCCCAAAUCUGCUGCGGAGGGCAUGAUGUCUCCAUCUUCCACUCCUACACUUACCAUUGAGAAGUCAUCGGGAACAAGCCGAAAAUGCGCCAACUGUGGACAGGCCGGACACAUCAAGACCAACAAGAAGCUCUGCCCCAUGUUGAAUGGCACCAUGUCAAACGACCCAGCUCCUACUGAUACUGUUGAGUUUGGCUUCGGCCCCCCUCCCGGUCCCGGUGGUCCUGGCUUCGGCCCCGGAGGCGACGGAGGAUUCGGUCCAGACGACGGAAGUGCUGCCUCGAUACCGACUACCCGACACAUCUUCUCCCCCAAUCUGGAGCGCUCUUUGCUUGAUCCGAAAGGGAAAACCGAACGACAUGUAGAACUUGUAGGAUAUAGGAUUGCACCAACCACCCCAACACCAUUAAUGUCGACCGGUUGGCUUGAUCCGUCUCACGACUGGAACAGCCAUCCACUCACCUUCACCCCCGAUCUGGAGCGCAUCUUUGCUUGA